AUGAAAGCAGAACGUGACGAUCUGAUGUUCAACUCUAACCAAAGAGGUGCGACGAGUAGCAAAGCGCAUAGACAACGCAUUGAUGAACGUAUUAACGAAUUGAUUCGACAGCGUAAUCAGAAACUCCAAAAAGCUUAUACACGUCCGAUCAUCCAGCCACCGACAAAUACUGCUACUGUACCACGUCCAAAGCUCAAUACUCAACUCAGACCGGACAUCACGAAGAAGAAUGCCGAACGCGAUAAAAUAGCACUCAAAAUGACGCCCGUCUGGUUCCAGGUGGAUGAUUCGCAAGCAGCAUUGAAAGGCAUCGUCUAUCCACCGAAUACCGUCGAGCACCGACCAUUCAAUACAGUGGCUCGCUAUCGGAUGAUCACUGGUCAAUCGAACAACUUUCGUCAACAGGCACUGGGCGUAGGUGAAAAUUUCACAGAAACGCUCAUAUUAAUGCUUGAUGCUUUCGCUCAACAAUUCGGUGCCGAUCUGAGCUUUACUAAUGACGAUCUACCAUUUGAUAAGAGUGCCUAUCGUACUAUCUGCGGGGUAGCCGACUUGGGCAGUGCUCAUCUGCUCGCUGCGAACUGUAUUCUCACGGCCAGAUUCGCUGUUAUUGUCCAUCUCGACUACGAUAAAAAUCUUUCUGCAUCGGACGAUGCCCUGAAAGAUUUUCUACUAAAUUUUUCCCACGAAACUGUUGUAACAUUAAAUUGUCUUGAAGAUUAUCUUAGAGUGUUUUCUAUUGAAAAGUCAAAAGAGACGCCAAACUCAACAAUUAUUAACUUUGGUUUCACAAGUCCAAAUAAGAAUGAGACCGAACAGAUAGCUCACAAUUUUCAAGUAAGUUAUUCAUGCUGA